AUGACGACUCCAGAAGCUACCCAGGGCACUCAGCCCGUCGCUGUUGUCUGUGUCGGAAUGGCAGGUUCCGGCAAAACGACCUUUAUGCAGCGAAUAAAUUCUUACCUUCACACUCAGAGAACACCUCCAUAUGUCAUCAACUUGGAUCCAGCAGUCAGAAAUGUUCCAUUCGACAGUAACAUCGAUAUCCGCGACUCGGUAAACUAUAAGGAGGUUAUGAAAUCCUACAAUCUUGGUCCAAAUGGUGGAAUUCUUACAUCCCUCAAUCUAUUCGCUACCAAGAUAGAUCAGAUUUUAAAUCUGCUCGAAAAGCGCACAAUGCCGGACCCGGCAAAACCAGAAGCAAAGCCUAUUCAGAAUAUCUUGGUUGAUACACCGGGUCAAAUCGAAGUUUUCGUAUGGAGCGCAUCGGGGGCUAUUCUUUUGGACUCGCUGGCUUCUACCUUUCCUACGGUUAUUGCAUAUAUUAUCGACACACCACGAACGACUUCUACAAGCACAUUCAUGAGCAACAUGCUCUAUGCUUGCAGUAUUCUCUAUAAAACGAAACUCCCAAUGAUCCUGGUGUUCAACAAAACCGAUGUACAAGAUGCCGAAUUUGCUAAGGAAUGGAUGACAGACUUCCAAGCAUUCCAAGCAGCGCUGGAAAAAGAACAAGAAGCUGGUAGCUUUGGUGGUAUGGAAGGGUCUGCUGGUGGUAUGGGUGGGAGUGGAUAUAUGGGAUCGCUAUUAAACAGCAUGAGUCUUAUGUUAGAAGAGUUCUACAGUCAUUUGAGUGUGGUUGGUGUCAGUUCGAUGACUGGCGCAGGUAUCAAGGAGUUCUUUGAAGCAGUAGGCGAGAAGGCGGAAGAGUUUAAUAAGGAAUACAAACCCGAGUUAGAUCGCAAGCGAAAACAGAGGGAAGCAGAUAAGAUUGCGAAUAGGGAGAAAGAGUUAGGGAAGUUGAUGAAAGACAUGGCCGUUUCUGGCGAGCCUUCUACAAGAAAGGCUCCUGUGGCCGUUGACAACGAUACGCUUAGCGACAUGGAAGAUGAUGCAGAUGAUGCCGCUGAGGACGACGACGAGGGCUUGACAUCCAGAUACAAGCAGGCCCUUGACGAGACCACUGGCCAUGAGGAAGGGUCGGCGCAAGAUGACCACAGCUUUGCAAGAUAUAUUAAAGCAAGUCAAAUGGGAUUUUAA